AUAGAGCAUGAGAGGCGAAGGGCGGGCCUUUCUCACACACCACAUCGUGAAAGUCGUCCUGCAUUCGUUUCAUCGUCAAUUAUGAAGGUUGUGUGGGAAAGGUUCAUUCGCUUCGUCGCCACGGACGGCCGCGUUCUGCGUGGAGACCCGAUUUUGCCGUCGCCAGACUUCGACCUGGGCAACACCACUGAAGAAACCAAACUCCAAGCAAAAGUCAUCACCGGCUCGGAUCCCUAUGACACGACUGGGCGUACAAGGGUGACAGACGAAGUUGUCACCGUGAAGCAGCUAUUAGGCCCGCUUGCGCAGGAUGAUGUGGACAUCCUGCGUUGUAUAGGAUUGAAUUACGCGAAGCACAUCAAGGAAGCCGGCCGAAGCCCGCCCCCUUUCCCGUUCAUAUUCUUCAAGCCCACGACAUGCAUUUUGGACCAUGGUGCCAACGUGGUUGUGCCAAAGAUUGCCCAAGAUGAUCAAGCGGAUUACGAAGGUGAACUAACAAUAGUCAUUGGCAAAGAUGCCAAAAACGUCUCAAAAGAAGACGCGCUAGAUUACGUUGCCGCCUACACCUGUGGCAACGACAUUUCUUCGCGUAAGCUGCAACGUGAUCCUGCGUUUGCAGGACGUAUCCCUCAAUGGGGAUUCUCGAAAGGCUUCGACACAUUUGCGCCCAUUGGCCCAUGUCUGGUCAAUGCCGAGCUCAUCGGCGACCCGAGCAAAUUGUUGCUGAAGACGAUUGUCAAUGGGGAUACAAGACAAGAAGAGUAUGUGGCUGAUCUGCUCUUUGAUUGUGCCUACCUCAUAUCGUACCUGAGUUCGGGUACCACCUUGAAGAAAGGAAGCAUCAUCAUGACAGGAACCCCGGGAGGGGUUGGUGCCGGAUUGAAUCCGCCACAAUAUCUGGUUCCAGGAACAAAGAUGGAGGUGGUCAUUGACAAAAUCGGCACACUUCGCAACGGCGUUGAAUUUGCAUCAUGAGAUUCUAUAUAUACAGGGUUGCUUCUCACAUCACUGCGU